GAACGGUUCUAUUUUCGAAGGGCACUGAGUACAUGUGAGUCACCGCCAGAGGUAAAAUGUGUUUGUCCCUGUAUGUCAGAUGGCAACGUGACCAGCAUAGACGAAAAUUGCUGCGACCAAGUAGAAGUAGUCGAAAUGACUGUCAACGAAAUAAUGAACGGCAAGCCACCUAUGUUUCCGGGUCUCAUCAACCUGAUUCGCAUCUACUUGGAUUCGGCGGAGCUGGACGUAAAGACCAACUGCUCAAUUCAACGCUACUUAAAGUACUGAAUUUUGCAUUGUAGAU